AGCAGUGUGUUUAAGCAUCCAUUCAUACAAGUAAAAUUCAUUGUUUGAAUCCAUAAAAUAACAAAAGUUUGCCUUAAGAUUCAUAUAUACAAGUGUAAUGGCUUCUUUACAAACCAUUACUAGUAAGAAUUGUCACAUAGUGAUAGUGCCAUACCCCGGUCGAGGUCACAUAAAUCCGAUGUUCACCCUAUGCAACCAACUCAUUUCCUCUUCAUCGAGUAUAAAUUUAGAUAUUUCAUUCACCAUUGUACUCACUGAGGAGUGGGUUACAUUGAUCAACCCGAAUGACAAGCCGGAAAAUGCUUGUUUUGCCACCAUUCCAAAUGUCCUCCCCUCGGAACACAUUCGAGGGGCUGACAAUGAAGGCUUCCUCCAUGCUGUGUACACCAAGAUGGAAGAGCACGUUGAGCGGAUUGUUGAUGCCCUUGAAGCUCCUCCAAAUGUGAUCAUCGCGGAUACUUUUCUUCCGUGGGUGGUUGGUGUUGGGACUAGAAGGAACAUUCCAGUUGCUUCAUUUUGGCCUUUGUUGGCAUGCUUGUUUCCGGCUCUUCACCACUAUCAUCUUUUUGUGAGCAACAAUCAUUAUCCACUCGACUCCUUGAUAGGGGAAAGAGGAGAUGAACGAGUAGACUAUAUCCCGGGGAUUGGAUCGACGCGUUUAGCAGAUCUUCCUCUAGCUCUUCACUCGUACAAGAAAAGGAUGUUAGACCUUAUGCUGGAUGCCAUGUCUUACAUGCCUAAAGCACAAUUCAUCAUCUUGAGAACUCUCGAUGAGCUCGAAAGGCCAGCAAUCGAUGCUAUGAAAACCAUCUUACCCUCUACCUCCAUUUACCCUAUAGGUCCCGCCAUUAUUCUCCCAAAACCCGAAAAUAACCAAACAAGUGAUCAUCCUUGCCUCGACGAUGAACCUGAUUACAUAAAAUGGCUAAACUCCCAACCUGAAAAGUCAGUAUUAUAUGUUUCAUUAGGAAGUCAUCUCUCACCUUCUAUGGCACAACUGGAAGAACUGGCACUCGGCUUGUGUGAAAGCCGAGUGCCAUUUCUAUUCGUAGGCCGAGAAGAAACAUCAUUUUUGAAGGACAUAUGUGGUGAUCAUAAAGAUGGGCUCAUAGUCCCUUGGUGUGAUCAAAUGAAAGUGUUAUAUCAUAAAUCGAUAGGAGGUUUUCUUAACCAUGCUGGGUUAAAUUCUGUUCUAGAGAGUGCUUUCGCCGGGGUUUCAAUGCUUACUUUCCCUUUGUCUACUGAUCAACCCAUGUAUAGCAAGUUAGUGGUCGAGGAUUGGAAGAUUGGGAUGAGGUUAAGGGAUAAAAUUGAAAAGGAUGUUCUGAUUAAAAGAGAGAAAGUUAAGGAGCUUGUGAUCAAGUUUAUGGAUUUCGAAAGCGAGGAGGUUAAAGAGAUGCACAAGAACUCUAAGGAGUUUAAGCAAGUGGUUUGGGCAGCAAUUGCUAAAGAUAGCACGGCUGAACACUAUGUUGGGGAAUUUCUAUCAGAAAUUUCUACUAAAAAUGCUACUAAUUAAGCACUAACUUUAAUUACUUUCUUUGCUUUUAAUUGUUUCUAUUUUCUGUUGCACCGUCAUCAGCUUAUAUAUCUUUAUGUAAGCAUUAUAUAGUGGGUUGUGAUUCCUUUGGUUUGUAUUUUCAUGAAGAGUGUGUAUCAGUGUGUUACUGCACAUUGGAAGAGCUUUGUUUGUUUUUUAAAAAUCGUUAAUAAAACAUUUGAGUUUGAAUGAGCACUAGAAAUUAA